AUGAGUACCAAUCCAGAUAAAUUGCAGACAAUUCUGAAGAUGAGAAGAAAAUUAGAAGCGCUGAAAACCGCGCUCUCGGGCAGCAAAAGCAAGCGCAGAACAAGCGUUUUCACCCGUAUGGUAACUACAGAAUCUCUCCAGCGGCGGCAGCAGCAGGCUCGGCAGCCCAACUUACUUCUUCUGGGUCUUCUUCUACUGCUGCACUUCAACCAUUCACAUACCAGCAACAGCCCUUUCGUGGCAAACCUGCAAGGCGUCAAUCACAGCCCAGUGAUGUUUGCUUCAUUUGCUUUUCCACCGGGCACUGGAAAACCAACUGCCCCCAAAACAAUUCACAAAGUCAAUGAUAAGUAUACAGUUCCGGACAGACGAAUAGACGAUACUAUCUGUUGUCUGCAGAAAACUAUCAUUCGUUUUCCCGGCGUAACAGCGAGGGAACUUGCAAAAGUAGUGGGGAAGAUCAUUUUGUUGACUCCAGUAAUGGAUAUAUUUAAAGUGGGCAGAUGGACGGGACUUAAUUGUGGAUUACAGGAUCAUCGUCUAGCGGAAUUUGCGUCUGAACUACCCCGAUAUUGUAUAACAUCUAAGGCCGAGAAUACAGCAAAACAGUACAGGUACGCUUUUAACACCUUUUGCAAAUGGUGCAGCAGUUUUAAUCCUCGGAUUCAAUCACUUCCUGCUUCGGAAAAUAACAUUGCUCUGUAUACCAUCCAUUUAGCAAAGCAAUAUAAAUCGUCUGGCAAAAUACAUUCAGCUAUACAUGCCAUCAGUUGGGUUCAUAACCUAGCAGGUUAUAUAGAGCCUUGUGACUCUGCUCUUGUAAAAACUAUUAAGGAAGGGGCAAUUAGGGAAACAUCAAAGCCAGUGAUUAAAAAAAAAGAGCCAGUGACGCCUGAACAUUUGAAAACUCUGGUUUCUACAAUUGGAGAGGAUAAAAAUUUAUAUAAUUUAAGAACAUUGUGUAUGUGUUUAUUAGGUUUUGCAGGAUUCUUGAGAUUCUCAGAAAUAGUCAACAUCCGUUAUCAGAUAUCUGUAUACAGACUAAUUGUGUAGAAAUUAACAUCGUUAAAAGUAAAACAGAUGUUUAUAAAACUGGUCAUAAAGUUUGUAUUGCUAGAACAUUUUGUGACACAUGUCCUGUAAAUAUGUUGGAAAAGUUCUUAAAAUUGUCAAAAGCUGACAUGCAUUCUUCUCAAUACUUGUUUAGAUCUCUGUCGUUUUGUAAAAAAUCCAAUACUUAUAAACUUAGAUCGGAUAAUCGUCCGAUUUCUUAUACAAGGGCAAGGGAAAUUAUAUUUGACGCACUUGAAAAGAUUGGUUUAGACAAGCGUAAAUUUGGUGUACACGGUUUGAGAUCAGGUGGAGCCACCUCUGCAGCCGCCUCAGGUGUUUGUGAUAGACUGUUUAAGAAGCAUGGGCGGUGGAGGUCAGAUAAUGCUAAAGAUGGAUAUGUUAAAGAAAACCAAACCGAAAAACUUUCAGUCACAAAAAAUUUGGGUAUUUAGUAUAUUCGUAUUCCUAUCUUCUUUGUCUUCGAAAUAAUUAAACUGCACUUUCAGAGCGCUUUACAUCCUACCUCACGAGUUUGUGUUUAUUUCAUAAAUGUUUUAUGUUCGUUUGAGUGAAACGAAUAAGAACAUAAACGUAUUUAUUAAUGUUACUCAAACACGUGUUUGUGUUUGUUUAUUCUCGUCAUCUAUUGGCUGUUAAUAUUGUCACCUAGUGAGGUGACAUAAAUAUUCAUAGCACGGGCUAUUAGUGACCAUGAAAGAAAUUUUGUAUAGAGAAAGCCAUUCGAAGGCUCUGUUUCGUGCAGUCUUAUAAGCCCCACCGA